AUGGAUCGCCUCAAGAAUGUGUUUGCGCCUGUAAAGGCCGACCCAGACGAGUACUCGCCGUUGACGGAUUCCGACGAUGAUGACUCCCGCUCGGGAACGCUGGAGGGGGAGGUGUAUGAGGAGCAGUCGCCGUUUUCGUGGAUCGAGUACUCCAUAUUUGCCUUUAUUGGCGUGGCGAUGCUGUGGGCGUGGAACAUGUUUCUUGCUGCGGCGCCGUACUUUCAAAGCCGAUUCGUAUCCGACCCAUGGAUUCAGGAUACCUCCCAGUCGGCCAUCCUUGCCGUUUCAACGACUACGAAUCUGGUCACCAUGUUGGUCUUGACCAACAUGCAGUCGUCGGCGAGCUAUCCAUUUCGAAUCAACACAGCCUUGUUCCUCAACGUGGCAGUCUUUACUCUCCUCACCAUCUCGACAAGCCACUUCCUCGAUGCCUCGACCGGCGCAUACUUUGCUUUUCUCCUCAUGAUGGUAGGCAUUACCGCCUUGGCGUCCGGGCUCAUGCAGAACGGCGCCUUUGCCUUUGCCGCUAGUUUCGGCAGGACAGAGUACACACAGGCAAUCAUGGCUGGGCAGGGUGUAGCUGGUAUCCUGCCCCCAUUGACCCAGAUGCUAUCCUACCUGGCCUUCUCCCCUGCCGAGCCCGCUCUCGACCCAGCAAGGAGAACAGCCGAGGACGACGGCCCCCAAGAAAGCAGCACCGCGGCGUUCAUCUACUUCCUCACCGCGGUGAUCAUCUCUGGCAUCACCCUCUUGGCGUUCCUGCCUCUGGUAAACAGACACAACCGCAUUGUUGAGCGCCGGCUGGCAGAACAGCAGGACCUCUCCCAGUCUGUCACUUCCAUCGAGGAAGCCGAAAGGGCAAACAGACGCUACGUCAGCAUGUCAACGCUGUUUAGGAAACUGCGCUGGGUGUCUGUCAGCGUGUCUAUGUGUUUUGCCGUGGCCAUGUUUUUCCCCGUGUUUACGGCAAAGAUCCUGUCUGUCCACAACGCUGAUUCGGACGGGAAGCUCUACGCUCCCGGGGCGUUUAUCCCCCUGGGGUUUUUUUUCUGGAACUUGGGUGAUUUGACGGGGAGGGUGGCGACCAUGUUUCCCUUUUCGCUCCGUCACAGGCCAAAGGCACUGUUUGCGAUUGCGAUGGGGAGGUGGCUGUUUUUGCCGCUGUAUUUCUUAUGUAAUAUUGGGGGACGGGGAGCAGUGGUGAAGAGUGAUUUGUUUUAUUUGGUGGCGGUGCAGUUUCCUUUUGGGUUGACGAGUGGGUGGUUGGGGAGUAGUGCGAUGAUGGCGGCGGGGGAGUGGGUGGGUGAGUGGGAGAGGGAGGCGGCGGGGGGGUUUAUGGGCAUGUGUUUGGUUGCUGGGUUGACGGUGGGGAGUUUGUUGAGUUUUACUGCUGCGGGGGUUUAG